CAACAAUCAAUUCUCACAUUAGAUGCACUCGUUACAUACACCGGGUUGUUCGGUUGGAUGUUGUUAGAGUAACUAAAAUAACCGUCGUUCUGCGUGUUUACAACAUCAAUGUAUUGGUUAACAACAACCAAAGUGAAUUAAAUAUUCAAUUUACUUAGUAAUAAAACACGUAUGACGCCGAAAUUAGUUGUAACACGGUGUGUACUAAUAUCAGUUGCUAUCUCCGUCUAACUUUGUAAGCUUUGGUGUACGCCGGAUACAAAUACAAGUGAACACAGCAGCUGGAAGGUGCAAAGCAUUAUGGGCAACGGUUAGUAGCAUCGUCUUCAUCCACAUUUAUUUGUUUAACUAGGCAGGUAGCUAUUGUCAAACUACCUUUAGAAACCAUUUCAAGAGUAUGAGUUCGUGUGUGUACUAUCAAAUAGUUAUAAUUGCGAUGUAAUCCUCGUCUUUCUUUGCAACUCCCAAAUCCUGCAUUUCCCAAAAUGCAUUCUGUUUUAUGACUUUUGAACUCUGGAUAAAAACAAGCCGAUCAGCUGAUGUAAAAGCAACAACAUCUACAAGGGUCUGACACAGAAUAGCUCAGCUAGCUAACCUUUUCAACAACGUUUGCUAUUAUGUGGCAGUCGGCGGUGUGGUGCUAGACAGUAUACGUGUCCAGUUUUAGACUGUUGAGGCAGCAUUUUAGUAAGUCGUCGUCCGUCGGACUGGAAGCCACAGCUAGGUCAGUCGAUAGAAACGAAGGUUGUUUGUUUCUUCAGUGUGUCUCUUUGUGUCGUUAUUGAUUGAUAACAUAAACAUAGCUAUUUAUUACUGAAUUUGAGAACGUAUUUUUUUAUUUUUUAGACACGACGAGCAUACCGGGCUACUUUUAAAUAGCAACGCAGCAUCGACAACUAAGCAGCAACAUUACCAAAACAAGACAAGAGAUGCAAGGCAGCUUCUGUUAGCUACACUAGCAAACCGUUGUGCCAAACAUAAAGUAAUUACUAUUCUGAACAAGUGUUUGAAAUUGCUGCCUGGUCUUGCUUUACUACCGAGUGAAUACCCUUAAUAGUAAGCAGUAAUUGGAUCCUCGGCUUAACAUCAUAAUAGGCUACUUUAUGACAGUGUGAGUGAAAUGGCUUUUGGGAUCAUUUGAACAAACAAGGUUACAUCACAUCUGGUCGUAGGCAUUUGCUUAAACGAGUCAUUGUGUCUUCCGCUGCAUUGCCUUUGCAACCCUAGUUACUCUCACUAAGCCCCUGGCCUGUCGGCUUUGAGAUGAGCGGUCAAGGUCCAGCUGUAGAUAAAGGAAUGAACACAGUCUUAGGCUGUCAGGAGAGCUACGCCUGUGGGGGCUCCGAUGAGGCUGCCUUUGAAUGUGAUGAAUGCGGCAGCUUGCAGUGUGCCCGCUGUGAACUGGAGCUCCAUCGCCAGGAGCGGAUGAGGAAUCACGACCGGGUUCGGAUUGCACCAGGCCACGUUCCUUUCUGUGACUCGUGCAAAGGGGACAGCAGCUGCUCUUACAAUGGUGGACGGCUCCGAGCGCUGGUGCGCUGCCAGGGUUGUAAGAUCAACCUGUGUUUGGACUGCCAGAAACGCACCCACAGCGGAGUCAACAAGAGGAAGCACCCUCUGACACCAUACCCCCCUGCCAAAGCUCCCCAGGAUAACAGCCCGGGUGCUGGGGAGUCACAGAUGGAGAUCCUGAAAGGCGAGCUGGAGAAGGUGUGCAGCUUCCUAUUGGUGGACGAGAGGGAGGAGAUGCAGGUGAAGGAUGAGGACGACUUUGUGAGCAGACUGGGCUGCAGGUCAGACGAGCUCCUCAAAGUGGUCUCCAUCUUUGGAAACACUGGGGAGGGCAAGUCGCACACCCUGAACCAUACGUUUUUCCUUGGACGAGAAGUGUUCAAGACCUCACCCACCCAAGAGUCCUGCACUGUGGGUGUGUGGGCGGCUAUGGACCCUGUACACCGGGUGGUAGUCAUCGACACAGAAGGACUGCUUGGGGCUGGAGCUAAUCAGGGUCAGCGAACACGCCUGCUCCUCAAAGUCCUGGCUAUCUGUGAUGUGGUCAUCUACCGAACCCAUGCCGACCGUCUCCAUGACGAUCUCUUCAAGUUCCUUGGUGAUGCAUCAGAUGCCUACCUUAAACAUUUCACCAGGGAGCUGAAAGCGACUACCACCCGCUGUGGUCUGGACGUCCCGUUGUCCACUCUGGGCCCUGCUGUAAUCAUCUUCCAUGAGACCGUCCACACCAAGCUACUAGGAUCAGACAAACCAUCCGAGUCGGCCGAGCGUCUUCUCCAGGAGCGUUUCAGGAAGCUGGGUCUGUUUCCAGAAGCGUUCAGCUCCAUCCAGUACCGUGGAACUCGAACCUACAACCCUCCCACAGACUUCAGCGGCCUGCUGCGCAGCCUGGAGCAACAGCUGGACAACAACACCACCCGCUCGCCACGCUCUGCCAGUGUCAUCUACAAGGCUCUGCAGGCUCUGAGCGAGCGCUUUAGCGGGGAGAUUUCCGAAGAGUACGUGGCCAGUAACUCAUUCUUUCCAGAUGAGUACUUUACCUGCUCUAGCCUCUGCCUCAGCUGUGGUUCAGGCUGUAAGAGAAGCAUGAAUCACCUAAAGGAGGGACUCGACCACGAAGCCAAACACCGCUGCCGCUACUCUGCACAGUAUGACAACCGCAUCUACACUUGCAAGGCCUGCUAUGAGGGCGGGAAGGAGGUAGUAGUGGUUCCCAAAACGACGGCCUCGUCUGACUCACCGUGGUUUGGCUUGGCCAUCUACGCCUGGUCUGGGUAUGUAAUUGAGUGCCCCAACUGUGCAGUGAUCUACAGAAGCAGACAGUACUGGUAUGGAAACCAGGACCCAGUGGAAACAGUGGUUAGAACAGAGAUCCAGCACAUCUGGCCUGGGUGUGACGGUUUUUUGAAAGACAACAACAAUGCUGCCCAGAGGCUGCUGGAUGGAGUCAAAUACAUUUCUCAGUCAGUGUCUGAACUCAGCGUCAAGCCUGCCAAAGCAGUCACCUCCUGGCUUACCGACCAGAUCGCUCCCACCUACUGGAAACCCAACUCCCUUAUCCUGAAAUGUCAUAAAUGUGGGGAAGAGUUCCAGCCCAACGACACCAAGCACCACUGUCGGGCCUGCGGAGAGGGCUUCUGUGACCCCUGCUCCUCAAAGACUCGUCUGGUCCCGGAGAGGGGCUGGGGCCUCGCACCUGUCCGAGUCUGCGACGCGUGUUUCCACAACAGGGGAAUCCCAACCGAGUUACUGGAUGCCGCCUUGGAGGAGGAGGGAGGCACCCUGAUAGCCAGGAAGGUUGGGGAGGCGGUUCAGAACACUUUAGGAGCUGUAGUCGGUGCCAUCGACAUACCUCUCGGCCUGGUGAAGGACGCAGCUCGGCCGGCCUAUUGGGUCCCGGAUCAGGACAUCCACUCCUGCAGCGAGUGCCAGAGGGAGUUCUCCCCACGUCUCUCCAUCCACCACUGCCGCGCCUGUGGCCAGGGAGUGUGUGACGACUGCUCUCAGGAGCGGCGCGCCGUGCCCUCCCGCGGCUGGGACCACCCCGUGAGGGUCUGCAACGGCUGCAACCAGAAACCCGGGGAGCUCUAGCAGGACGAGGAGCGGGAGGCAGAGAGGGGACGGUUAAGGAAGCUGGCCUCUGCGAAAACUGGAAUUGACAACAUUUUGGUUUUAAGGCUUCAGUUUCCUUUCGUCUCUUUAGUGGCAUUUCUUGGCUGCCACUAGACUGUCCUGUGGCAGGUUGGACUCUGUUUAUUGGAUUUUUUUUUUUUAAUGCCAUCCUCACUUCACGUCAGUCCCCUGAUGCUAUUUCACUUUAAUAUGCCUAUAUUUGACACUGUGAAGAAUACCAGUCAGUGAGAACUUGACAGCGUUUUAUAAAAGUGAGUAUUGUACGUGCUUGCUUGCAAUUAAGUUCAGGUAAAUACCCAUGUACCCUUUUGAUCCUUUAAAACUUAAGUAAUGAUGCACGUGACUCCCCCUCCCCCUCCCUUGACAAUCCCUCCCGGUGUGACACACCCGUACUAUUAGCACCUUUUGUAGUCUGGGGCUACAUGGGUGAACAGUUACAAUAGAAUUACUGACUGAGCACCUUAAACUGAUUCCGCGUAAAAACUUUUAUUCUAAGAUUGUUUCUGCAGAAGCCCUGGAUAUAGCAUUUAGGGCUGGCUUUAUAGGGAACAAAGGAAAAUCUGAAAAUAAUAUCCACCACAAUAAAUUCACAGUAGUUUUCCUCUGCUUAAAAGUAACUCUCGCCAAAAUGCAACCUGGGGUCUUCUUGCGAAUGUACCCGAGUCAAACUUUCAUUUAAAAGCAUAAUUAGGACGGAAGCACCACUUUUAAGAUUAAGACACUUUUUGACUGGCAAGAUUGUGGCAAGCUGAUAAACCAACUGCUAAAGUGCGUUGUUCAAAACCUUUUUAACCUUUUAAACUCUGUGUAAACAAUGUUCUCAAUGCUGAGUUCACGUGUAGAG